CCUGACCCCCCGGCGCCGCCAUUUUGUCCGGCCUGAGAGAAAGCGGGCGCGAUGCCGGAGGACUGGGACCACGAGGCCUACAAGAAGCCGCCGACGCGCACCCCGGUUACCAAGGACCCGCCCUACAGCCCGCUCCGCUUCUUCGAGAAGGUCUUCUACUAUGGCGUCGACAGGCCGGUCACCUACUUCCGAGAGUGGAUGGACCGGCAGCAUGCCAAGCACAAGUUCUACUACUACCACCGGCAGUAUCGCCGCGUGCCCUACAUCACCGAGUGCUGGGAGAACGACCCGCUGUGCGUCUUCGAGGCGGAGAUGCAGUUCGUGAGGGACAGGAAAGUCGAUCGGGAAAUUGUGAAGAUAAUCCAAGACAGGUUUAAAGCCUGCCAGUACAGGGAGGAGGAAGCUUACCUUAAAAACUGCGCCAAGGAGUUGGAUCAAUUUAUGGAGGUUGCCAGAGCCUUUGAGCUCAGAUAUGCUGAGCUUGACAUGUAUCGUGGUGCUAGACAAUGCUUAAUGAAGCAGAAGCACAGAAUGAUGGAAGAAAGGAAGGCACAAGCCCAAGCGAACAAGGCCUGAAUAGUUACUGCAGACGUAAGGUGCCAGGACAUAGUAUUGCAUUAUAUGCAUAUUUGCACUGUGGUGUGGUCUGUAAGCUGUAUAGUUUAACCCAUACAAUAAAACAGGCAGAGAUCUCUGCCAAACUGAUCCAGA